GAACUGUAACCUAUUCACGGCACAGUUGCUGAGCGGGCCUCUGUUUAUAAUUUCUGCUUACUAACAACCUGCUAAUAAUCUGCGUUUGACUACAUAACAGAAUCCUGGCCUGGCACUGGACUGUGAACACUGAGCGGAUUAAGUCCUUUUGUUUUGCUGUUACCGCAGGUUAGCGGACCUCCAUUGAGGACUGCGGCAGCUGAUUUAUGGGCGCUUUGUUUUUGUUCUCUGUAUGACAUUGGGACACUCUGGCUGCGUUAUGUGUAUGCACAUGAAGGAAGUGAAGGCAAAGGGUGUUGUGUUGAAAAAGCUGUACUUGCUUCAAAGAGUGAUCAAGAAGCUUGAAAUGUCCGUCGUGUCAGACUGCCUUAAGUGCAUCAGAAUGGGAAGAAGCAACAGGAUGGAGUCCUCAUGUCUGGACCUGGCCCUGGAAGGUGAACGACUCUGUAAGGCCGGUAAUUAUCGUGCUGGCGUGUCUUUCUUUGAGUCGGCCAUCCAGGUUGGAACUGAGGACCUCCAAAUCCUUAGCGCCAUCUACAGCCAGCUUGGCAAUGCUUACUUUCACCUGCAGGAAUAUAACAAAGCCUUGGAGUACCAUCGGCAUGAUCUCACACUUACCAGGACGAUUGGUGAUGAACUUGGUGAGGCCAAAGCCAGUGGCAACCUUGGGAAUACGUUAAAGCUUUUAGGACGAUACAAUGAAGCAGUGGUUUGUUGCCAAAGACAUUUAGACAUCACCAGAGCUACGUGUGAUAAGGUUGGGCAAGCCCGAGCGCUGUAUAAUUUUGGGAACGUUUACCACGCCAAAGGCAAAAGCAUCUGUUGGUCGGGGACGGAACCGGGAGACUUUCCAGAGGAAGCAAGGAUAGCCCUGAGGAAAGCUGCACAGUAUUAUGAAGCCAACCUGUGUGUUGUGAAGGAGUUGGGGGAUCGUGCAGCCCAGGGUCGCACUUAUGGGAAUCUUGGUAAUACCUAUUAUCUCCUAGGGGACUUUGAAACUGCUGUAGCAGCACAUGAAAAGCGCCUUCUCAUUGCUAAAGAGUUUGGGGACAGGUCUGCUGAGCGGAGGGCACACUGUAACCUUGGUAACGCUCAUAUAUUCCUCACCCAAUUUGAAGUGGCAGCUGGUCAUUAUAAGAGGACUCUGCAGCUGGCCAGGCUUCUAAAAGACAAGGCAGUGGAGGCCCAGGCCUGUUACAGUCUGGGUAACACCUACACACUACUCCAGGACUAUGAGAGAGCCAUUGAUUAUCACCUCAAACAUCUAGUAAUUGCUCAGGACCUCAACGACAGAAUCGGCGAAGGAAGGGCCUACUGGAGUCUAGGAAAUGCCCACACUGCCCUGGGGAACCAUGAGCAAGCUAUGCACUUUGCUGAAAAACAUCUGGAAAUUGCCAAAGAGACUGGAGACAAAAGUGGCGAGGCCACCGCGCGGAUGAAUUUAUCAGACCUCCGGCUGGUUGUGGGCCUGAAGUCCAACAUCUAUUCUAAUAUCUUCAGCAGAACUAAUAGUUCUGCACUGUCAGUAAGCCACCAGAGUUACCUCAACAUGUCAGGAUUGAAGUCUUCACCAAAGAAGAAAGGUAGUGCAGAAAACCUGGACCUGAGUCCGAAUUCAAUUGGGGAUCCAUCAGUACGUCCAGACUGGGAAGAUGAUCAACUCUCCAGGUCAUCAAAAACUAAUACCAUCAAGGCUUCCACGAAGCUGUUCCUCUUUCACCGACUAAAAAGUAAAAAGUGGAAGAACAACAAAUCUCCCAAAGAGCAGCAUGACAGUGCCUCGGACCACUCAGUGCCUGAUUUGGACCCACCAAAGUCACCUAAGCAAGCUCCGCAUGACACAAUUGGGGAGGAUAGCUUUUUCGACCUUCUCUCUCGUUUCCAGGGCAACAGAAUGGAUGACCAAAGGUGCUCUCUUUUAGAUGGCUUGAGCCAUCAGCCUGCCAGCUCCUCUCCCUCAUCCACCCCUCCUGUAGCUGAAAGGAAAUCUAUACUGGAGGGCGAAGCACCAUUGCAAGAUCCUGGUCAUUUCCUGGAGCUGCUGGCCAGCUCCCAGGCCCGUCGUCUGGACGACCAACGAGUCAGCCUGAGCCAUUUUCCUGGCUUGAGACUCAGCACCUGCAACCAGCCCAGUACACCCUCCACCUCCAGCGAAAACCAAGCCCCCGCUCAAGCCCCCAUUUCCAGUACAGACCCAGCUCACACACCCUCCCUGUACAGCUGCAUCGAGACCAGCACUGAGCAGCCUGAGGGGGAUGACGUCUUUUUUGACAUGCUAGUUAAGUGCCAGGGCUCCCGACUGAAUGACCAGAGGUGCGCUGCUCCACCUUCGGCCACACGAGGACCAACUGUCCCAGAUGAGGAUUUUUUUAGUCUCAUUUUGCGUUCUCAGUCAAAUAGGAUGGAGGAACAGCGGGUCCUGCCACCAUCUGACGUCACUCAAUCCAAACCAGACUGAUGGACUGGAACUACAUUGCAUUUUUUUUAAAUUUUAGGAUACAAAAUGGAACUGCAAAUGUCUUUUUAAUUUUAAUAUUUUUUAUUAUUUUUAAUCCCACGUAUUCCUCAAUUGAGGAGACUGAACACAGUAAGUUUAUAUUGAGAACAUCGUGAGUGUGAAUAAUGAGCAAUAUAAAUCUUCCACACUGAAAGGUGUUGCUAACUGGCAGAUUCUUUACAAUGUCAGCAUUUUUGGUAGUGCCUCUCUAUUAUUGUGCCAUUCAGAAGGCCAAAAUGAAAAAGAUACAAUAAUUAUAUGCUCCCUAAGUCCCUCGUGAGCCAAGAACAUUCUUGCCUUCUAACUACGUUCUCUGCUUCCACAGAUACAAACCAUUCUGUAAAUGGGACACAUGCUGUCUUUAGACUACAUUAACACUGUCAGUCAUAGAAAUAAUUUUGUCUGAAUUUUUUAAGGAUGACUGCACACAUCAUUGCCAUUAAUAAUGAUUUGUGUUUUUCUUCUUUAAGACUUUUUGACAGGGGACUAAGUGGUAAGACAAAAUUGUAUGCCCAUGAUGUCUCAAAAGCCAUCAAAAAAUAAAUGACAUGCUACAGUUUUCCACCUUAAUUAAAUUCUUUAUGUGCAAAACUUUGCAUUUAUAACAACAUGCUGUAUGAGGAAAAAAAAGAUUUUAGAGGAGUCUUCUUUUACACACCAAUAAGGCACUAUAAUGAAAAUAUCAAAAAUCACAUGAAAUAAUCUCGCACUUGACUAAAGGUUCUAUGCUGAUUUUUCGUCCCCUGCUGUUUAUUUUCCAAUUAUAAAAAAGAAAAAUCUUUUCAAGUGCUAUGCAUUUAGUCCAUUGCCUCUCAAACAGUGGGGCACGCCACAAUGAACUGUCAGGAGGGAUGUGAGAGGCAGAGAGGCCUUUCAAUAUAAGCGCAGACCUGACUGAUUCAUGUAUGAAUUUGUUGUACUUAGCAUGCAAUGUGACUCUUAAAUAUGUUUUGUAUGCUUCACCCCUCCCCUUUUGUUACAUUUAAGCUGGUUUCAGUUUUGAGUACAGACAUUUAGUCAAAUAUUCCAACAACCUGGACACACUAUGUCUCCGAAGUCAACCUCUCAUGGCGUUCCCUGCACCUAAAAUGAGAAAACACCUAUGAUUACAUUGGACUAUUAGGUGAAAAUAAACAGUGUACUUAACCUACUUAUUCAUGCAGAUGUGCAAGAAGCAGCUGUUCUUGUCAAGCCUGUAAGCUCCUGAGUUUGGGAGAUCUUUACACUCUGAUAGGAAAUGUUGGAGUUCUGAUGUUGGGAUCCCACUUUGCUGCUGUUGCUGCAAAGGUUCGGACAUCAACAGAAAAAUGUGUGUGAAAGAUGAACUAUUUCUUCUGACUCUUAAUGAGAAUCACUACAAGAAA